UUGGAUCCGAACUCUGACAAUUGACGCAAUGAGCCAGUCUCAGCCUACCAAUGCCACACAGGCCAAAGAGCGCCAUUACGCCCACCUAGCCAACUCCCUCACUCGACUUUCUCAGGCAGUCGGCCAGACAGCUGAUCUCUUUGGACAAAUGCAACGGGACUUGGACUCUAUGAGGACACUGGCUGGCAUUCAUGCCUCUCAGUUCAUGACUGUCGCUCAAGAGUUAAAUCCUGAUCAAGGGGAAGAGGAAGAGGAAGAUCACUGAUGGACCUCACCACGCAUUAGAUGAUCUCGCAUUAGAGCAUUCAAGACCCACGCGCAAGCUUCUCAUACUCACUAGCAGAGUCACCAGAGGAAUUCUCUCCCGAAUACCAACAGAAACCACGCUGCGAUUCCCCAAUCAUCAUGUCUGGCUUAUGGACAAUGGGUUGGAAAGAAGGAUCGCUUGCAGACUUGAUCAAUCCAGUGACGUUUAUACUGCGACAAACAUUAUGCGCUGGGACUACCGGUGGAUAGUCAUCUCUGUGGGAUCAAAGAGGCUGCCGGCCGUGUCGUAUGUAUUUUUGAAGGCUUGGACUAAUCAUACAAGACAAAUAAUAUUGCAUGAGAGGGUCGCUCAUCGUGUUUGGACAUUUACCGCAUGUUAUCAUCAAU